AUGGCAUUCUCUGCCAUUCAACCUUACCAAUAUGUCGCCAUCCGACUGCCCUCAGACCAAAUCCAAGUCGAACAAACGGUCCCAAAUACUCUGAUAUCACUGGGAAAAUAUGGAUCGUUCCGCACAAAUCAGAUCAUCGGCCGUCCUUACCAUCUUACAUUCGAAAUUCUCGAUCGCGACGAGGUCAAGGAUGGACGUGAGCUCAGAGUUGUCCCUGCCGCUGAGUUACAUGCCGCCGCACUGGUGGAACAAGCCGAGACUGAUGAGGCUUCGACUCCCUUCAAUGAGACGGAAGGGGGAGCAGCAACACCACAGCAGCCCCCGAAGACUAACGUGAAUACGCACGACGACCCGACGAAUCAAAAGCUAACGAUGGCCGAAAUCGAAGCACCCAAGCAGAACAGCACAGGUAGUGGCCGCGAGCUGAUCGAGAAGCUCAUGCAGUCUCACACCACGCUCGACCAGAAGACCGCCUUUUCACUCGCGAAAUACACUUUACGCAAACACAAAAAGUUCCUGAAGCGGUUCACGGUUCUACCCCUCGAUGUAGCCACUCUGGUCGAUUGGAUGUUUGCAGAUCGCGAAUUCGGUAAGGUCAUGGAGAUGAGGAAUGAGGCUGUCGGGUUGGUUGGGUGCUGGGCGAAUGUUCAUGCUGCUGGCGUGGACGAGGCACUACUCGCCAACUCUAGGCCCUCUUCUCGAUACCUGCUUGUGGACGAUACGGGAGGACUAGUUGUCGCCGCCAUGGCCGAGAGAAUGGGUAUCCUGCAUCAAACCACCCUGGAAGCGGAAUCCAUAGUCAGCGCUGAUGAAGUGGCCUCCGAUCCUGAUGACCAGGACCCGCCUACCACCAACCAGCCCUCAAGACCCAAUCGCAAACAACACCUUACAGCGAUGAGCGCCCAGUCGAACACAAUAACCCUCGUUCAUGCAAACCAACAGCCCAACCUCGGCCUUCUGCAGUACCUCAACUUCGACUCGAACAAUCCCAACGCUUCGCACCCGUUGUACACACAUCUGAAGACCCUGUCGUGGCUGCAAUUGCUGGACCCGGAGACAGAUAUCGCGUACAAAGAACCGGAUGCCAUUCCCGACAAAGAGCUGGCAACGAUGAAAUCAAACCGCAGGAGCGCAUAUUAUCGGAAGCGAAGACGAUGGGAACGGGUUAAAUCUGUCGUUGAUGAGACUCGGGCCGGCGGAUUUGACGGCCUUGUCGUCGCAAGUUUCACAGAUCCGACUUCAAUACUACGACAUCUUGUGCCUCUCCUCGCUGGAGGAAGCCAGGUCGUAGUUUAUUCUGCCAACGUCGAACCCCUGGUGGAAUUGGCGGACUGCUAUUCCACCGCAAGAAGGACCGCGUUUAUCAACACUCUGGCAGAAGAGCGAAGCAUACCUUCGAGGGAUUUCCCCGUUGAUCCGACAUUGCUUUUGGGGGCGAUGAUACAGACAGCCAGAGUGAGGAGGUGGCAGGUAUUGCCAGGGCGGACGCACCCAUUGAUGACUGGACGAGGUGGAGCGGAAGGGUAUAUCUUUUCUGGAACACGGGUUAUCCCUGCGGAGGGAAAGGUAGAGGCGAGAGGACGGCCGCCUCGAGGGAAGAAGGCGAAGGCUGAAGAAAGUACUGGGGUUGCGAGCCAGAAGACUGUUGAGCAAGAGUUGAUUGAUUCUGUGGAAGAUGUGACCAUGCAGUCGCCUGCCAAGAGACAGAAGGUCGAAGAGCAGACUGGCUCCACGACAACCGAUGGCGUGCCAGUGCGAUUUGAGAGGCAAGUGGACGAAGAGAACAAUGAACUGGAGGCACAACAGGCAGCUGAGCGCGAAUUCAUCGAUAGUACCCGAGACGAGAGCGGAGAAUCGCCUCUCGAGGAAGAGAAGGCUGCGGAGCUUGUCGUACAAGAAGCGGAAGAGGAUGAGAUGCCUGUGCUCGGCCCGGCAACGGAGGCUUUGAAGAAAGAAAUGGAUGAGAAGGAUGAUGUCCAGAUGAGCAUUGAGACUUAA